GGGGAACAAUAUCACACUCGCGACAUUCCGUGGAUGCGUGACAGCGAAGUGAAAGAUGGCGGGUUCACGACUCGCGUACUCAUGUUUUGCGCUGUUCUGUAAUUUAUUUUUCGCAAAGGCACUUUCCAACCCCGUUAACGUGCCGCUCGAAAGUGUAUCAGAUUCGCUCGUCCAAAGCGCUUUGAAUGCCCUCAACAAGGAUUCGCCGACCGAUCAUACGUAUAAUGGCGGUAAUCUAAUAAGUGCGCAGAGGCUGAUUCAACCACCUUAUGUAAUAUACAGAUUGACUUUGAACUUGGACCCUAUUUGUAAAGAAGAUUCUAUCUCUUGUCCACGCGAGGCGUGUGCAAUUGAUCUUCGUCAGCACGAAGGAAAAGUUAUCGAAGUACUGCAUCAUUCUAUACAAUGUAUGUAUUUAUAUCCACAAUUUGCUCAAGACGAAGCACAAUCUGUACAAGACAGUAAUCACGAAGCAAAUACUCAAGAUCAAGAAAUCAUCGACCGUUUGGAUAAGCAGAUUGUAAAUCAAAGCAUAGAGUUAGACCAUGAAGUACAAUCGACUGCAGAUCAAAGCGAUAGACCGUUCAUCGCGGUAAGAGCAUCCAGUACAAAUUACUGUCCUGGAUGUCCGUACGAACUAAAUCCUACUCUGCUUGGUUUAACUGCCUUCGGAGAGCAGGUUUUACAUUCAAUGGAUGAAUUAAGUCAUGGCGACUUUAAACAUAAGCUCAUCAGCAUUGUCCGAGUCACGCGCACCGUACCACCUAGUUCAAAUGUCGUACAGUAUGAACUUUUAUUGGAGAUUGGUGAAUCUAAUUGUUUAAAAACUAUAUUGAUAGAACGCUCUGAAUGUGCUUUACAACCAAACAUUCCGAUAAAGUUAUGCCUGGUUACAUUCGAUGAGCGCCCAUGGCAGGAUAAUAGCCGUAGAAUAACAAGAAACAAUUGUACCGAUACUCUGGAUUCUGAGAAUGAGAUAAAUAUUAAUUUAAGUCAAAGUUCUACUGGUGGAGCGGUUGCAUUGGGUGAUCCGAAGGAGCACACAAAUCAGGAAGAAUUUCAGACCGAACAAUAUGAUCAAGUUGCGCAAGAAGGAAAAGUUAUUGCUUACGGACUACUAGACGCUACUCUGAUGAGUUCCACUAAUGACAGUAACACACAACCCAUCUAUACAGGAAUUCCGAUAACCGAGGAACCAUUUGUGAAAGUUACGGUAGAUGGGGAGAAUAAACCAGAGAAAGUUGAAGAAUUUACAGACAAGAUGAAAGAAUUUGACGCUUUCUUGGAGGAUUUUGAUAUAGGGAUUAAAAUUGGAAGUCCAGAUCCGACUGUUUCUGUGGUACCUGAUAUGAAAAUAAUUACUGAAAGAAUUGAAAAGUCGGAAGUUAAUUCGGAUUCUAAAGACGAUAAACCAGAUGUUAAGGAAAGUAACGGUGUUACACAAAAUGUAGAAAAUGUACAAUCUACGUCGAAUGAAAAUAGUUAUCCAUCGGUAAGUGGUUUAGUUGAACCUAAUAUUUUGAGAACGAGUCAAGAUUCAAUUUCUGUGCAGAGAGAAAGGAGGUCUUUAGAAAAUACUCCUGAGUCCGAAGGUACCUUAGUAACGGAUUUAGCAGAGAAAGCUAUCAAUAUUUUGGAUGACAUGGAUUCAGACAACAAUAAACGAGUUCUUCUUGAAAUCUUGGAUUCGGUUAAGCAGACAAGAAAAGGUGGAACUAUGUAUCAUUUGACAUUAAAGGUGGCAUCCACUAAAUGCGACGAAGCCCAAACUCAACUAAAAGAUUGCUUAAAGAAUUUUGUAGGACCUAUGAGUGUCUGCAAAAUUCAGGUUUUAGUAGAAAGUGACGGAGACAGAGCAUUAGAGAAGGCUAAAGUAUUACAAUCAAAGUGCAAAGAAUUGAAACAAGAUAACACAAGAGCAAAGAGGGAAAAUGCCGUUGGAGCACCUCACGGUAUCAGCAAAGAUGACCCGGAGGUACAAAGAUUUGCUAAUUUGGGUCUCGUGAAGUUCUCAGAAAUCUCUGAGAGUUCUAACGAGCCCAUCUUAGUCGAAGUUCUGGAGGCUACGAGACAAAUAGUGGCUGGAUCUCUGUACAAAAUAAAAGUUAAGUUGGGAACCAGCAAUUGUCCAAAGGGAACCAAAGAGAAUUGUCAAUUGAAUGAAAGCGCAGAAGUAAAGGAAUGCUUAGUCACUGUAUGGUCUCGUCCUUGGAUCGAUCAAGGAAUCCCUGACAUCAAGGUAGACUGCGAUCCAUUGAAAUCGAAAACAAAGAGGUCUUUACGAGGUCAAAAUUAUACUCAAAAGAUGGCACAGAUAGCUCUAGAACUUAGGCACGAAACGAUGUUCGAAGAUUUUAUGAAGAGUUAUGACAGGGUAUAUAAGACAGAUGAAGAGAAAAAUCAACGCUUCGAAGUAUUCAAAGAUAACCUCAAAAUUAUAGAUUACCUUCAACAAAACGAGCAAGGCAGUGCUCAAUACGGAGUAACAAUGUUUGCAGACUUAACUCCCGAAGAGUUUCGAGCACGAUACUUAGGCCUGCGACCGGAUCUGCGAUCAGAAAAUCAAAUACCGAUGCCAAUGGCUAAAAUUUCAAAUAUCAAAUUGCCCGUCGAAUUUGACUGGAGACAUUAUAACGUUGUGACUCCAGUUAAAGAUCAAGGUCAGUGUGGAUCCUGUUGGGCUUUUUCAGUAACAGGGAAUAUCGAAGGGCAGUUCGCAUUAAGGCACAAAAAGCUGUUGUCCUUCUCCGAGCAGGAACUGGUAGAUUGCGAUAAACUGGAUGAAGGCUGCGAAGGUGGUCUGCCCGAUAAUGCUUACAGAUCCAUAGAAUCACUAGGAGGCCUUGAACUCGAGUCGGAGUAUCCCUACGAAGCUGAAGACGAGAAAUGCCAUUUCAACAACAGCGAAGUCAUCGCCAAGGUUGUCUCCGCUGUGAAUAUAACGUCAAAUGAAACGCAAAUGGCCCAGUGGUUGGUUGAAAACGGCCCGAUUUCAGUUGGCAUUAAUGCCAAUGCCAUGCAAUUUUACAUGGGGGGUGUAUCGCAUCCACUUAAGUUUCUCUGCAAUCCUAAGGAAUUGGACCAUGGGGUUCUCAUCGUUGGCUACGGUAUCCACACAUAUCCAAUUUUCAAGAAAAAAUUGCCAUUCUGGACGAUAAAGAAUAGCUGGGGACCCAGGUGGGGCGAACAAGGAUAUUACAGAGUGUACAGAGGUGAUGGAACAUGCGGUGUUAAUACAAUGGCAUCUAGUGCUAUAGUCGCUUAAUAUAGAAACGUUAUUCUACAUACUAAUA